GUUAAACAGUAAUCGGAACUUGUUCCUUUCUCCCGUGGUGGCGAUCGAGGUCGCGGUGGAGAAUAUGGCAGGAGCUACUCCUUAAAGUACAAAUUACCAAUGAGUUGAUUAUGCGUCUAUUCGUUUGACGCGGCUAUUUGUUCGGGCCCCCUCAUUUAUUGGAAGACGCCGCGUAACGCGGCACCGGCGGCAGACAUGGGGAAGCUCCUGUCCAAAAUUUUCGGGAACAAGGAAAUGAGGAUCCUGAUGCUGGGCUUAGACGCCGCCGGAAAAACCACCAUCCUGUACAAGCUGAAGCUGGGACAGUCGGUCACAACCAUACCCACGGUGGGCUUCAACGUGGAGACCGUCACCUACAAGAACGUUAAAUUCAAUGUCUGGGAUGUUGGCGGCCAGGACAAGAUUCGUCCCCUGUGGCGGCACUACUACACGGGCACGCAGGGACUAAUCUUUGUGGUGGACUGUGCCGACCGGGACCGCAUCGACGAGGCACGGCAGGAGCUGCACAAGAUCAUCAACGACCGCGAGAUGCGCGACGCCAUCAUCCUGGUCU